AUGCUCCGUCCUACUAGACACUCGGUCCUGGCUUCUGUGCUAGCCACAAUAGCGUACGCACAAUCAUCUUCUGACUCCGAUCCCGAGACAUUGACAUGCGAUGAUCUCUCCGAUGGCCUCGCAUACAAUGCCUCUGUCACCCACAACACAACGGCUCUAACCCUCAGCUAUCUCGGAUCCGAUUCAGACCCAUCGUUCUCCGAAGACAACGGGAUCAAUUGGCAGAUCUCAUCUUAUAUCGGGCCGUACAUCUGGCCUGGGGAUGGAAUCAGCGAGAACGACACCCAAGCCGUUCUAUGGCUCGACGUUGGUGAAUCGGAUAUAGAGCGUUUGGGCAAUCGGAUGGGUUUCUGCCACAACGUUGUCCCGUUGCAGGACUUCACCACCUCAAAUCUGACCUGGAGCAGACAAGUUUUGGAGAGGGCGCAAGAUGAUAAUGGGGAUUGUAAGACUAUGUUGGGAGAAGAAUGUGUGCAAGCUCUCCAGAAUUGGUACUCAGGUCAAAAUAGCGUAUGGAUCUCUCAGGACUGUUCCACUAUCAAGCACACUAUACCUUCCGAAUGUGAAGGCAUGUUGGCCGAAGCUGUGACAGUUGACACUGCACCCUUCAACGCCUCUGAUAAAGUCCGCAUAUGGGAAUGGGCUAGGUAUGACAACGAAACCUACACUGAGGAGUUUACCGUACCUACCUGCGACGACCGCAAUCUGAGCAGCGGUUGGGGUAAUAGGCUCGCUCUUCACACCGACUACGACGUGGCACUGAACUUUCCCAUUGUGGACAUCCUAAACUUCUAUCCCACCACUCCCGUCACCAACCAUUUUAGCACUCGCAGCACUCCUGCAAAAGUCGUAUGUUUGAAACCUGGGAAUGUGCAGGACGGAAGUCGGGCCCCGAGAAGUGUGAAAGAAGUGCUUGACGAGAAAUACGGUUCACAGGAUGGAGAAGACUCUCAGGAUGACGAGUCUAGUGCCGAGAGAGCCUUUGGAAGGAGUGGCAGGGCUGUAUUCGCAUCGAUGGUUGGCACGAUCGUCGGAGUCUGGCUCGGUCUGUAA